AUGGCUGGAGGAAAUUGUACGGCAGUGACUGAGUUCAUUCUCACAGGAGUGACAGAUCGUCUGGAGCUGCAGGUCCCCCUCUUUGUGCUGUUCCUAGUGAUCUAUGUUAUCACCCUGGUGUGGAAUCUGGGGAUGAUGCUUUUAAUCAGGAUCGACCCCCGACUCCACACCCCCAGGUACUUCUUUCUUAAGAAUUUGUCUCCCGUGGAUGCCUGUUACUCCACAGUCGUCACUCCCAAGAUGCUGAUGAGCUGCUUAGCCGAGAGGAAAGCUAUUUCCUAUACAGCUUGCAUCAUCCAAUAUUUUAGCUUCAUAUUGUUUGUCAUCUCUGAGUGCCUUCUGCUGGCAGUAAUGGUGUAUGACCGUUAUGUAGCCAUCUGCAACCCGCUGCUGUAUAUGGUCAUCAUGUCCCCAAAGCACUGCCUACGGCUGGUGGCGGUUCAUAUCUAUGGGCCAUUGAACUCUGUGAUACACACCAGCGGUUUGCUAAGAUUAUCCUAUUGCGACUCCAAUAUCCUGAAUCAUUUUUUCUGUGAUCUCAACCCACUUCUAAAGCUCUCCUCUUCCGGCACCGCCAUCAAUCAGCUACUCGUUUUCCUCUUUGGCAGUCUGAUUCAGGUGAUCAGCAUUGUGACCAUCCUCAUCUCAUACAUCUUAAUAAUUGUGACUGUGCUGCGGAUCCGCUCCACCGAGGGCAGGCGCAAAGCCUUCUACACCUGCACCUCCCACCUGACGGCCGUCUCCAUGUUCCAUGGGACAAUUCUCUUCAUGUAUUUCCGAUCCAGCGCCAGCUACUCCCUGGACACAGACAAAAUGGCCUCUGUGUUCUACACGGUGGUGAUCCCCAUGCUGAACCCCCUCAUCUACAGCCUGAGGAACAAGGAUGUGAAGGACGCCCUGAGGAGAGCAAUAGAGACAAAAUUGAGGGCCCAUUUUCCCCCAAAGGGUGCCAUAAUAGGACAACCAAAUCCUUUAAUGGCUUCUCUGGACACAUAA